AAUUAUGUACUUAUGCAGUAAUAAAAUGAGCAGAUCUUCUAUCACGGCUUGAGAAGAGAAACAGCACAACCACAUCCGACGCCGACGUUAAAGAUUUGAAGAAGAAUUUUCGAUUUCUUAUGCGUGAUUAUAGUUUUUUAAAAUGAUAGAAGGCACCCGUUUUAGGCUCAAAGGGUGGCAGCAGGCUGCCAUUGCACUUGGAUCAGCUGUUGGGGCUUUACUAGAUCCAAGAAGAGCAGAUUUGGUAGCUGCAUUGGGAGAGACAACUGGAAAGCCUGCAUUCGAGAGGGUUCUCGAGAGGAUGAAGAGGAGUCCCGAAGGCAGGGCAGUACUGUCAGAGCACCCUCGCAUCAUAUCCGCUAAUGUGGGACAUGCAUGGGAUCUACCACCUAAUACUUUUGGCGCUGCUUAUGCAAAAUUUAUGGGAUCAAGGAAUUUCUCCCCCGAUGAUCGACCACCAGUCCGGUUCAUGGAGACAGAAGAAGUAGCAUAUGUUGCUAUGCGUGCGAGGGAGGUUCAUGACUUCUGGCACACCCUAUUCGGACUUCCUACCAACUUGAUUGGUGAAUCUGCACUAAAGGUUAUAGAAUUUGAACAAAUGCUACUUCCUAUGUGUGCCUUGUCUGUCAUAGGGGGUACUGCAAGGUUCACCAAGAAGCAAAGGAGAUUGUUCUAUAAGCAUUACUUCCCAUGGGCCCUCCAGGCAGGUAUGCAAUGUUCUGACUUAAUGUGUAUUUAUUACGAGCGUCACUUUGAUGAGGACCUGGAAGAUGUUCGGCGAAAAUGGGGAAUUAUUCCCGCUCCUCCUCCUCCACCAAAUGCGGCCUGAAUCAGAUGAUUACCUUCGAAAAGAGGAAUUCAAUUGUUUGUUCUUCACACUUACAGGUUGUUCAGUAGAAUGGACUGGUUACUAAAGAAGUAAUAGAAGUUAAGAUUUGGUCCAUUGUAUUGUCAAGUCUCGUCCAAUUCUGGAAGAGAAUCCUUUCCUUUUGUUGGUUAUGUGCGUCAAGACAAUUUUGGAUAAUAAUCGAGCACGUUUUUAAGCUUGAAAUCAUGUUAA